GGCGGCGGCGGCGCCGAGCGGCGACGAGGGGCGGCUGGAGGAGAAAUCCGAGGAGAACCUGCAGCGUCCGCCCAAGGCCAAGAAACCCAAAAAAUCCGGCAAGGAGCCGGAGCCGGCGCAACCGGCGGCCGAACCCGCCGAGGCCGGCAAGGCCGAGAGCUCGGAGGGUGCCGGGGCGGCACCGGCGGCACCGGAAGCUUCGGCGUCUCCGAAACAGCGCCGCUCCAUCAUCCGCGACCGCGGGCCCAUGUACGACGACCCCACGCUGCCCGAGGGCUGGACGCGCAAACUCAAGCAGCGCAAGUCCGGCCGCUCGGCCGGCAAGUACGACGUCUACCUGAUCAACCCGCAGGGAAAAGCUUUCCGUUCCAAGGUGGAGCUGAUCGCCUACUUCGAGAAGGUGGGGGACACCUCGCUGGACCCCAACGAUUUCGACUUCACGGUGACCGGCCGGGGUAGCCCCUCGCGCCGCGAGCAGCGCCCGCCCAAGAAGCCCAAAUCGCCCAAAGGCCCCGGCACCGGCCGCGGCCGGGGGAGGCCCAAGGGCAGCGGCGGCGGCGGCGGCGGCGGUUCCCGGCCCAAGGCGGCCACGGCCGUGUCCGAGGGGGGCUCUGCGGCCAAACGGGCGCUGGAGAAGCCCCCAGGGAAGCUGCUGGUCAAGAUGCCGUUCGCCCCCGGCCAGCCGGGCCCCGCGGCCCCGCCGGCCCCACGGAGGCCGGGCCGCAAGCGCCGGGCCGAGCCGGACAGUCCGGCCGUGCCCAAGAAACGCGGGCGCAAACCGGCGGGGGCUACGGGGCCGGGGGGGCCGGGUGGAGGAGGAGGAGGAGGAGGAGGAGGAGGAGGAGGAGGAGGAGGAGGAGGAGGAGGAGGCGCGGUUUGCGGAGGGGGCGGUACCCAAGGAGAGGCGUGGCGCCCAAGAUGGCGGCGCCCAUGGCGGGCUGAGCGCUCCGUACAGCCCUGCGCCGCCGGGAAACGGGCCGCGUCGCCGGUAGCGAGGCCGUGGGGGAUUCGGACAGGCAGCGGGGGACGCAUGGCAGGCCUGGGCGGGGGGGGGUCCCCACCGCGGGCCCCCCCGGCCCCCCCCGCGCUGCAGCCGCGCUGGAAGCGGGUGGUGGGCUGGGCCGGGCCAGUGCCCCGACCCCGGCAUGGCCACCGAGCCGUGGCCAUCAAGGAGCUCAUCGUGGUCUUCGGGGGGGGCAACGAGGGCAUCGUGGACGAGCUGCACGUGUACAACACAGCCACCAACCAGUGGUUCAUCCCGGCCGUGCGGGGGGACAUCCCCCCGGGCUGCGCCGCCUACGGCUUCGUGUGUGACGGGACGCGGCUGCUCGUGUUCGGGGGCAUGGUGGAGUACGGCAAGUACAGCAACGACCUCUACGAGCUGCAGGCCUCCAGGUGGGAGUGGAAGCGGCUGAAGGCGAAGACCCCCAAAAAUGGACCCCCCCCUUGUCCCCGUCUGGGCCACAGCUUCUCCCUGGUGGGCAACAAGUGUUACCUGUUUGGGGGGCUGGCCAACGACAGCGAGGACCCCAAAAACAACAUCCCCCGGUACCUGAACGACCUGUACGUGCUGGAGCUGCGCCCAGGUUCAGGUGUGCUGGCUUGGGACAUCCCCAUCACUUACGGGGUGCUGCCCCCUCCGAGGGAAUCCCACACGGCCGUGGUGUACACGGAGCGGGACGGGCGGCGCUCGCGCCUCGUCAUCUACGGGGGCAUGAGCGGCUGCAGGCUGGGGGAUUUAUGGACCCUGGACAUUGAGACGCUGACCUGGAACAAGCCCAGCCUGAGCGGGGUCGCUCCCCUCCCCCGCAGCCUCCACUCGGCCACCACCAUCGGCAACAAGAUGUACGUUUUUGGGGGGUGGGUGCCCCUGGUGAUGGAUGACGUGAAGGUGGCGACGCACGAGAAGGAGUGGAAGUGCACAAACACCCUGGCCUGCCUCAACCUGGACUCGAUGGCCUGGGAGCCCCUGGUGCUGGAGACUCUGGAGGACAACGUGCCGCGGGCUCGGGCCGGGCACUGCGCCGUGGCCAUCGCCACCCGCCUCUACAUCUGGAGCGGCCGCGAUGGCUACCGCAAGGCCUGGAACAACCAGGUGUGCUGCAAGGACCUGUGGUACCUGGAGACAGAGCGCCCGCCGGCCCCGGGCCGUGUCCAGCUGGUCAGGGCUAACACCACGUCUCUGGAGGUGAGCUGGGGCGCGGUGCCCACGGCCGACUCGUACCUGUUGCAGCUGCAGAAGUACGAGCUGCCCGCCGCCCCCGCGCCGCCCCCCGUGCCCUCGGUUCCCGCCAACCCCCCCAAAAGCCCCGCGCCCGCCGCCCCCGCGCCCCCCCCGGCUCCCCCCAACGCCCUGCCCCAGCUCGGGGGCGUGGGGCUCACCUUGCUGUCCCCCCCUCCCGCCGCGCCCCCCAACCCGCCAGGUGUCACCGCGGGGGCGACGGCGGCGGGGACGGGGACGGGGGGCGCGGCGGGGGGCGCGGGGGGCGCGGCGGGGGGCGCGGCGGUGGGUGCGCCCCCCCCCGGGGCCACCCUGCAGGUGCUGCCCGCGGCCGCGGGGGGGGCUACGGCGGCGGCCACGGCCGGAGCGGCCACGGCGGGGAGGGCACCUGGUGUUCCGGCCGUGCUGAAGGUGACGGGUCCCCCCGCGGCCACCGCGGGGCCGCCGCUGGUCACCGUGCGCUCGGCCGGGCCCGGCAAGGCCCCGGUGACGGUGACAUCGCUGCCAGCCGGAGUCAGGAUGGUGGUGCCCACCCAGAGCCCCCAGGGCACGGUGAUCGGCAGCAGUCCCCAGAUGAGCGGCAUGGCCGCGCUGGCCGCAGCGGCCGCAGCCACCCAGAAGAUCCCUCCGGCCUCGGCCCCCACCGUGCUCAGCGUCCCCGCGGGGGCCACCAUCGUCAAAACGGUGGCCGUGACCCCCGGGGCCACCACCCUGCCCGCCACCGUCAAGGUGGCGUCGUCACCUGUCAUGGUGAGCAACCCGGCCACUCGCAUGCUGAAGACGGCGGCCGCCCAGGUGGGCACGGCCGGGACGUCCCCUGCGGCCACCAACGCGGCCACCAGGCCGAUCAUCACCGUGCACAAGUCCGGCACGGUGACGGUGGCCCAGCAGGCCCAGGUGGUCACCACCGUGGUCGGAGGGGUCACCAAGACCAUCACGUUGGUCAAGAGUCCGAUCUCCGUGCCGGGGGGCAGCGCCCUGAUUUCCAACCUGGGCAAGGUGAUGUCGGUGGUGCAGACGAAGCCGGUGCAGAGCUCGGCUGUCACUGGGCAGGCCUCGAGCGGCCCAGUCACCCAGAUCAUCCAGACCAAGGGUCCCCUCCCCGCGGGGACCAUCCUGAAGUUGGUGACGUCGGGGGAGGGGAAGCCCACCACCAUCCUGACCAGCACCCAGGCGGGGGCGGGGGCUGCCAAGCCCCCCACCAUCCUGGGCAUCAGCAGCGUGUCCCCCAGCACCACCAAGCCCGGGACCACCACCAUCAUCAAAACCAUCCCCAUGUCGGCCAUCAUCACCCAGUCGGGGGCUACUGGUGUCACCAGCAGCCCCGGGAUCAAGUCCCCCAUCACCAUCAUCACCACCAAGGUGAUGACCUCGGGCACUGGGACCCCUGCCAAGAUCAUCACAGCUGUCCCCAAACUGGGGGGGGGACACGGCCAGCAGGGCGUGACACAGGUGGUGCUGAAGGGGGCCCCGGGGCAGCCGGGGACCAUCCUGAGGACGGUGCCCAUGGGGGGGGUCCGGCUGGUCACUCCCGUCACCGUCUCGGCCGUCAAGCCCACGGUGACCACCCUGGUGGUCAAGGGCACCACCGGUGUGACCACGCUGGGGACGGUGACAGGGACAGUGUCCACCAGCCUGGCCGGGGGUGCAGGUGGCCACAGCGCCACGGCCUCGCUGGCCACCCCCAUCACCACCCUGGGGACAAUCGCCACCCUCUCGAGCCAGGUCCUGAACCCCGCGGCCAUCACGGCCACCGCGGCCGGGGGUGGCCUGGGGACACCGACCAUCACCAUGCAGCCGGUGUCCCAGCCCACACAGGUGACACUGAUCACCACACCCAGCGGGGUGGAAGCCCAGCCCGUCCACGACCUCCCCGUGUCCAUCCUGGCGUCCCCGACGGCCGAAGGUCCCCCUGCGGCCACCUCCGGGGGUGGCAGCCUGACCGAGGCCACCCCUGCCGAGGCCACCCCGGGCACUGUCACCUUGGUGUGCUCCAACCCUCCCUGCGAGACCCACGAAACCGGGACCACCAACACGGCCACCACCAGCCUGGUGGCCAACGUGGGGACAGGAGGGGGACAGCAGCAGCUGCAGCUGCUCUGCGAGGACACGGGCGGGGGGACAACGCUGCCACAACCCCCCCGGGCUUGUUCCAACCCCCCCUGCGAGACCCACGAGACGGGGACCACCAACACCCCCACGGCGACGGGGACAUCGCGUUUGGGGACACCCGGGGGCCCUCCGUGUCCCACGCAGCAAACGGUGGCCACGGGGACGACGAUGACGGCGCGGCUGUGCCCGCCCCCACCCGAGGGUGGUGGCAGCGGUGGUGGCAGCGGUGUCACGUGCCAAACGCAGGAGGUCACAGCCCCGUGCCAAACGCCCUGGGGGCAGCCUGAGGUGGGGACGGCCACCAAUGCGGUCACUGUGGCCGCCACCACGAGCUGCGAGACACCCGUGGGGACACGGCUGUGCUCCAACCCCCCCUGUGAGACCCACGAGACCGGGACGACCAACACGGUGACAAUGACAGGGUCACAGCUCUGCUCCAACCCCCCCUGUGAGACCCACGAGACCGGGACGACCAACACGGUGACAAUGACAGGGUCACAGCUCUGCUCCAACCCCCCCUGUGAGACCCACGAGACCGGGACGACCAACACGGCCACCACCACCACGGCCACCUCAGAUUCGGGGACGUCGGUGCCACCGCCUCGAGGUGUCCCCCCCUGCUCCAACCCCCCCUGCGAGACCCACGAGACGGGGACGACCAACACGGUGACAAUGACAUCGUCACAGCUCUGCUCCAACCCCCCCUGCGAGACCCACGAGACCGGGACCACCAACACGGCCACCACGGCCACCGCGGGGUCCCGGCAAGGUGACACUACCACGGCCACCAGCGCUGCCACCACCACGGCCACCACUUCCACCACAGGGGGGUCCCCGCCUUGUGCCAACCCCCCCUGCGAGACUCCCGAGACCGGGACCACCAGCACGGCCACCGCCACCACCGCGGGGUCCCCGCCCUGCCAGAGCCACCAGAGCGGGGCCACCAGCACGGCCACCAGCACCGAGGGGGUGACGCCACCCCCGCCCUGUGCCACCACGGCCACCAGCCCCCCCCGCGCCUGCUCCAACCCCCCCUGUGAGACCCACGAGACGGGGACAACGGCCACGGCCACCACGGUCACCGCCAGCAUGGGUGCCAGCCAAGACCCCGCCCCGCCCGCUGCCAACGGGCAGGGGGAGGGGGAGACCCCCCCCAGCGAGGGUGGGGGUCCCCCCGUCCCCCCUGGGACCCCCAGCCCUGGCCCCAGCGGCACCGGGACCCCCCAGCCCCGGGCGGUCACUACGGUCACUCAGUCCACGCCAGCCCCGGGACCGGCCGUGCCGACCAUCUCAUCGCUGACCGAAUCCCCCCCAGCACCCCCGGAGACCCCCCCAAACACCACACCCACCCCUCCAGGAGACCCCCACCCACCCCAGGACCCCCCCACCACCACGUCCCCGUCCCCCCCCGCCCCCGAGGCCGCCCCGGCCGAGGCCGGGGGGUCCCCGGAGCCGCUGGCCGUGGUGGUUUUACCUCCGGCCGCCGGCGAGGGGGGUCCGGCCGAGGGGCUGGCGCUGCCCCCCGAGCUGCUGGCCGAGGCGGGGGGCACGGGGGGACCCCCGGGGCUGACCCCCGAGGAGCUGGCGGUCACCGCGGCGGCCGAAGCGGCGGCGGCGGCCGCGGCCAGCGAGGAGGCUCAGGCCCAGGCUUUGGCCAUCCAGGCCGUGCUGCAGGCCGCACAGCAGGCGGUCAUGGGAACAUCAGAACCGCUGGAACCCGGCGAGCCCGGGGGGGGCCCCUCAGAGCUUGGGGGGGCCCUGGGGGUGUCGGAGGGUGCGGGGGGCGCGGGGGGGGCUCUCCCCCUGGUGCUCACCCAGCAGGAACUGGCGGCACUGGUGCAGCACCAGCAGCACCUGGCUGAGACCGGGACCCCCCCCGCAGCCCCCCCAGCACCCCCCACCCCCGCCCCACCCCCCCCCACCGCCGCUGCCCCCCCCCAGGCGGCCGCGCCCCCUCCCCAUUUGCCCACCGAGGCCUUGGCCCCCGCCGACAGCCUCAACGACCCCGCGGGUGACACCAACGGCCUGGGGGACCUGGGGACAGUGCCCGGGGGGGCCACCCCUGCCACCCUGCUGCCCCCCCCCGGGGACGGUCUGGCCCCCUCGAGCGCCUUCGUGGCCCCCCCUGGCCCCACGGUUGCCCCCAGCCCUGCCAAGCUGCAGGCGGCCGCUGCCCUGGCCGAGGUGGCCAAUGGCAUCGAGAGCACCCCUGUGAAGCCGGAGCCGGGGGCGCCGCCCCCCAAGGCUGUGCCCAAGAAGGAGAACCAGUGGUUCGACGUGGGGGUCAUCAAGGGCACCACCAUGAUGGUCACUCACUACUUCCUACCGGCCGAGGACGCGCCACCGCCCGACGAGGAGGGCUCGGGGGUCCCGGACCACUCCCAGCUGCGCCGCCAGGAGCUGCAGCCGGGCACAGCGUACAAGUUCCGCGUGGCCGGGCUCAACGCCUGCGGCCGCGGGCCCUUCUCGGAGCUGUCGGCCUUCAAAACCUGCCUGCCCGGCUUCCCCGGGGCUCCCUGCGCCAUCAAGAUCAGCAAGAGCCCCGACGGAGCCCACCUGACGUGGGAGCCGCCGUCGGUGACGUCCGGCCGCAUCGCCGAGUACUCGGUGUACUUGGCCAUCCAGGGGGGGCCCGGGGGGGGUCCCGAGGCUCGUGGGGGAGGGGCCCAGCUGGCCUUCAUGAGGGUCUACUGCGGGCCCAGCCCCUCGUGCCUGGUGCCGGCCUCCAGCCUGGCCAGCGCCCACAUCGACCACACCACCAAGCCGGCCAUCAUCUUCCGCAUCGCCGCCCGCAACGACAAGGGCUACGGCCCGGCCACCCAGGUGCGGUGGCUGCAAGAGUCGAGCAAGGACGGAGCCGCCGGGAAACCGGGCAGCAAACGGCCCCUGGCGUCCCCCGACCUGUUGUUUCCGCUGCUGCUGUGUGAGGAGAUGCUGGGCGCCAUCUUGGAAAGGGAGGGGGAGGCUCGGCAGAAAUAAAUUUAUUUUAUUUAUCUCCCCCCCACCCCGCCUCAAUUCCGAAAAAAAACCUCGAGAUCUUUCCCGAGUUAAACUGAGACCGUCAUAAUCCGAAUAAAAUGGAGCGCGGAGGGGGGGGGAAAAAAAAUAUUCAAGUAAAGGCAAAAAAUCUGGAAUGUGCUAGUGGGAACAACGCUCUGGGGAAAAAAGAAAUAAAAUGAGGGUGGGACGCCCCAAAAAGACACAAAAUCGCCUCGGGAUCCACCAGAAAAAUCGCCGCAAAAUCGCCUCAAAAAUCGAUACCAAAUCACCUCAAAAAUCGCCUCAAAUUCCAACAGAAUCGCCACAAAAUCCUCAAUGCCCUC